AUGAACCACACCUGUAAAGUCAAGUCCCGAGCUGACCACUUUUUGUAUUCUGAGAAAAAAUUGAUUAUUUGUACUCUUACUGAUUUACCAUGUCCAAUUGGUCAUAUGGAUUUACUAUUCAUUCCCUAUGUUGAGGACCAAGUAGCCCGUUUUAAGGUUCGUGCCAAACUCCACGUUGCUCCUCUAGAUAUGGCUGCCAAGUUAAAGGGCAUUGAGGGUAAAGGUUGGCGCUGCUACUGUUCCUUGCUCAAAAGUGCCCCUAUUGUUAAUGUCUCUGACGAAUCUGAGGGUGGCCAAGCUCGGGGGUCUGCUCCUAUAAAGUAUGAAAAUCUCCCAAGAUUUGUUCAAGGAUGA